AUGCCUUCGCCUGCUCCCGCAAGGUGCGUAGCCCGCGAGACGGUCGGUUCUGACGGGCGCAACCGCGUCAUUCUCAGCGAUCUCUUGGCUGCGAAGCAGAGCAGCUCUUGUGCACGCGCGGACGGUGCCCAGCUCCCUGAAGGGCGCGCUGCUCUUCUGCUCUACGCCUGCAAGGGGCCUCUUCAGGCCAAAAGCAGCAAAGCUGCUUUCCGGAAGGAUCCAGCUACCCGUGACAAGAUCUUGCAAGAUCCGCAGGUGCAAAAUGCCGUCAAAAAGGCUGGCCAGGAUGCGCUGAGCGAUCCUGCUGUGCAAGCUCAGAUCUUGAAGGUCGCGCAGGAGAAAUUCCCAGAGGCUGCAAGUGCAGCGAAAGAUAAAGUCCUCGAGUGGGCCAACGAUCCAGAGGUGCAGAAACAAGCAUAUGCGUAUGCCGGACUCGCAGCUGAAUAUGCCUGGCAAUCCGUCAGCCAGGUGGGUGGUCUCAUCGAGCAGGGACCGACUGGAGUACGGGUGCUUGCCUUCGUUGGUGGAGCCGGUGCAUUCGCACAGAGCAUCUGGGUUUUACUUGGUUUGAUAAACAUCGCAUCUGCGUCAACUCAGCUACCCAAGUACGUGGUGCAUGGCUACCAGCUCAUCUUCGCCUCCACCACGAUGCUCUUCGAGGCAAAACCUGAGUGGAUCCAGAAAGUUCCUGGUUUGAACAGCUACCAGGAUCUCCUGAUCGACAAGGCAAAGUUCCUGGCCGAAACUUAUGGCCGAGGCCUCUUCUAUGGCUUCCAAGGUACUUUGUUCCUUUGCUUCGCCAGUUUCACAAACCUUGCCGAACUCGCGCUUGGAUGUUGGUUCCUUUUCAUGGCCUUUCUCCACAUUGCUAUGCAUUUCGGCAUCAUGCCCCAGGAAGUGGCCAAGAAGAUGCAGGAAGUGAGGCAGAUGGUCGCCACGGGAGCUGCCUCGGCAGUGAAAGCAGUCGCCUCUGAAGGCCCGCAGAAGGACUGGGCAAGGGACGAAAGCGCUUCACGUAAUAUUAGGAAUCUCGGCGGCGACCGUGUGCAAACGAUGUGUCGGGAUUAUCGAGAUGAUGCAUCGUGCACUUGGGGUUUGCGCUUUGUGAUGCUUACUGUUGAGAUUUAUCAGGUCUUCUAA